GCGCGGCUCGGGCCGGAAGUCAGCAAGCUCCGGGGUGUGUGUCUGUGUCUGGGUGUGUUUCCCGGAGGCGCGCGGUGCGGGACUAGCACUGGGGAUUCCCGUCUGAGGCGUCACUACUGUCACUGCCAUCGCCCCCACGGAGCCAAUUCUAGAGGGGAGAAGACCCGGCCCUUCGCCGGGCAGAGAAGAUGUUGCCUCUGUCCAUCAAGGACGAUGAAUACAAACCACCCAAGUUCAAUCUGUUCGGCAAGAUUUCGGGCUGGUUUAGGUCUAUCCUGUCGGACAAGACGUCCCGGAACCUGUUUUUCUUCCUGUGCCUGAACCUCUCUUUCGCUUUUGUGGAACUACUCUACGGCAUCUGGAGCAACUGCUUAGGCUUGAUUUCCGACUCUUUUCACAUGUUUUUCGAUAGCACUGCCAUUUUGGCUGGCUUGGCAGCUUCUGUUAUUUCAAAGUGGAGAGAUAAUGAUGCUUUCUCUUAUGGGUAUGUUAGAGCAGAAGUUCUGGCUGGCUUUGUCAAUGGGCUAUUUUUGAUCUUCACUGCUUUUUUUAUUUUCUCAGAAGGAGUUGAGAGAGCAUUAGCCCCUCCAGAUGUACACCAUGAGAGACUACUGCUUGUUUCAAUUCUUGGGUUUGUGGUAAACCUAAUAGGAAUAUUUGUUUUCAAGCAUGGAGGUCAUGGACAUUCUCAUGGCUCUGGCCAUGGACACAGUCAUUCCCUCUUUAAUGGUGCUCUCGAUCAGACACAUGGCCAUGUAGAUCAUUGCCAUAGUCAUGAAGUGAAACACGAUGCUGCACACAGCCACGAUCAUGCUCACGGACACGGACACGGACACGGACACUUUCAUUCUCAUGAUGGCCCUUCACUAAAAGAAACAGCAGGACCCAGCAGACAGAUUUUACAAGGUGUAUUUUUACACAUUCUAGCAGAUACACUUGGAAGCAUUGGUGUAAUUGCCUCUGCCAUCAUGAUGCAGAAUUUUGGUCUAAUGAUAGCAGAUCCUAUCUGUUCAAUCCUUAUAGCCAUGCUUAUAGUUAUAAGUGUUAUUCCUCUUUUAAGAGAGUCUGUUGGAAUAUUAAUGCAGAGAACUCCUCCCAUGUUGGAAAAUACUCUUCCUCAGUGCUAUCAGAGGGUGCAGCAAUUACAAGGAGUUUACAGUUUACAAGAACAGCACUUUUGGACUUUAUGUUCUGACGUUUAUGUUGGGACCUUGAAAUUAGUAGUGGCACCGGAUGCUGAUGCCAGGUGGAUUUUAAGCCAAACACAUAAUAUCUUUACUCAGGCCGGAGUGAGACAGCUUUAUGUACAGAUUGACUUUGCAGCCAUGUAGUGAAGGAAAAGAAAUUAUGCUUUCUUUUGGACCAAAUUUUUCUGGUACUGUACAAUACAAAACAUUGUACCCAGCUUUUUAAAAUAAAGAAAUUAUCACUACAACUCCCCAGCACCAAGUCGACCAGUAGAGUCAGCUGUUUGUGCUCUGCUGGGAGUUUACAGCUAAGGGAUCAGAAUUAAGAAUAUUUCCUGGACUUCUGCACUCUUCCCUCCAAAUCAUUUUGAUUACUGAAGUUUCUGGUUUUGCUCCAGGGUGUUGGUUUGUCCUUUUUCUUUUGUGUUUUUGUUUUCAUGCUGAAUGUCCCCACCUCCAUCCCUUCAUCUCAGCCAGUAAGAAAUUCAGAUUGUGGGCCUCAAAUCAUCUGGAAUGUCUUCACUGAAGCUUCUGGAAACCAGUGCUUUCAUUCCCACAAAACCAGUGUUAUUUAAAAAAAAAAAAAAAAAAGAAAUGGAAAUCUAUUUUGUAUGUAAUGUCACAGUUGUUGAUGUCCUUCAGAAUAAUCAUAUGUUUGUAAAAUUGUUUGUACCUUGCAAACUUACAAACCAAACCAUAUUGGGUUUCAAAGUGCCUUUGUAUCGGAAAAUGUAUUUGCCAGCAUAGAAAUGUACCAUCAAAGGUUAUGUAUUUUUUUCUAAAUGGAUAUUCUGUAAUCUGUACAAAAUAAGACUGUUGGUAGUAACCUACUUUGUCUUUUUGUGUACUUACAGUAUAGAUUUAGAUAUAUGAAAAUUGUCCUUCUGUUGUUUUAUCUCAUCAAAAAAAUAAAAGGUAUUAAUUUUCUUUUUAAAGCAAAUUCAAUUAUCCCAUUAAAUUCCUUUGUGGACUGUGUUUUCAGAACUUUGCAUAUGCAUCUGUUGUUCAGAAAACUGUUGUAACUUAAAACAUCUGCUAAAUUCUAAAUUUCUGUAAAAGCUACUGUGUCUAUGAUAAACUUUCCCGUAUAGCUUUCCUUACCAUUUUUGUGGACUUUAUGAACAGACAGUGUAGACUGAAGGGAGAAAUGGUUGUGACAGUGUAAAUUUUGCUUUUUAUUCUUCAAAUGCCAAGUCACAGAAUUUAUUUUCCCAUGUAAGCUUAACACAAAUACAGUUGCUUUCAGGAAUCCUAAAGCAGCAUUUGAUUGAGUUUGAACCAUUAAAGCAUCCAGAGCAAAUGUGCUUAUGUAGAACUCUUCCUAAGACAGGCAUCUGAGGUGAGUUGAUUUUCUAGGUCCUGUGUCUUUGAAAAAUAAAGUUUCCAUUUGUGAUGACAAGUGCUUGCCCACUCUACUUGAGUAUUCUGUUUUAUAAAGAGAUAAUGGUCUGGAGAAACCUUUUCCCAUUAUAUUUCAUUUUAUCACAACCUGUAUUUCCUUUUCAUUUAAAAAACCUGAAAUUGUCGGGGGAAAAACACUGUAGGAUAGUAAUGAUUAUUAAGAAUGUAGAUCAAUAAGCACUUUUUCACUGAGGUGACAGAAGUCAUUGAUUUUGUCCAAGUUUUGGAGUAUUUUCCCCUAUAAUUUAUGUAUUAGUCUGUAUUAUGAGAAGUAGACCACUUUCUUCAUUUCUUUGUAAACUACUGCAGAUAGCCAGGAACUAUCAAUAGUCUCCUUUUUGCAGAUAAAGUAGUAUUUUCAAAACGUUUGCUUACUGCCAGGCAGUUCUGUGGCUAAUACAGUGUGUUUACUAAAACAAUUGCUGAGGUCUCUCAGGAGGGAAAGUACAAAAGGAAAUGUCCUAACCAUGGUAUUGCUUUUUCAUUACAAAUGUAAGUAGUCAUUUAGAAUUUUGCCACCACUACCAAGCCCAUUAGAACUUUGGGAUAUUCUGUGGGUUGUGGCACAUUAAAAUGAUAGAUCUAGAUGAAGGCAGAGAUUUUGGAUGUGUGCCUUUAAAAACUAAUUACGUAUAACUGUAUUGAUAGUUCUCUACCCUAACAAUAAUUGCACUGGUCUGUAAAUUUACCAGUGCAAUCUGAAGAUCCAAUUCUGCCUUCACUGGGCCCACCAUUCUAAGUGAAGUUUUUGUCAAAAUAUGUAUUUAUUUAACAGUGUUCUCUGUACACAAAUGCAUGAGUUUUUUUUUCCUUCCUUUGAUAAGGCAUAGAGUAUAUGUAGAGUCUUAAAUUGCCAUGAAACUCUUAAUUUUGCAUUUAUUUCAAGAUACUGUCAGCUCAUAGCAUUUAACAGGUUGGCAUUAACAUUCUUGUUUUAACCAAGUGUCAGAUUUGUGUGUGCAAAAGUAAAAAAAUUGUGUAAGAAAAUGCAGUUCCCCCCCUCAUUUUAAGGAAAUCUUUUGUCUUAAUAUUCUUGGCACAUAUGUAUUACUAAAGUAGAUAAUUUCACUGAAAAAAAUUACCUGAUUAUUGUUAUAAAAUAGAAUACAUAAAAUAUACAUUUAGAAUGUCCUUGGUAUUAGACUAACUCUUGCAGGCUAAAAAACACUAGAACAAUCUGUAUCUGAGCAUAAUUUUGCCAGUAUUUAAAAACUCCCAAUAUUCUCUGGAGAACAAAUUUGUAUUGGCCAGGUAAAGUAUAGAAAUACACCUAUAUUUAUUUUGGUUUUUUAAUCUAGAUGACUCACAUGAAGGGCUUUAACAUGCACAACUUCCUCAUUUGCUAACUCCCUGUGUGUCUUUGUGAAGGACAGUACAGUUUACCUGUAGGUCAGUGCUCCAUCCCUACCAGUCCGUGACAGAUGUCACUGGUAUUGUGAUUCCCGUUGUAUCCAGAAUAUUUCAGCAUUCUUGAAAGCCUACACAUGUACACCAGGAACCAAAAUACUGUGAUUUUUGUGCACCUUUAUCAAGCCACCAAUCAUUAACUCCAAGUGCAGCAGAUCACAGUUCUAUGUUUUUACCUACUAGGAGAUAAUCAAUUUUUACAAAGAUCAUUAACAUGGUAGCACCUCAUCAUAUAACACUGGGGGAACAAUAUUACAUGACUAAGCGUAGGAUUUUACACUUACAGGGACUGACAGUCCAGGCUACCUCUCAUUUUACAGAUGAGAAAACCCAGAAAAGCUGUAUUGACUUGAGGUCACAGACACAAUUAGUGGUAAAGCCAAGACUAGAAUUCAGAUCUUCUGACCGUAAGUCGAGAGUUCUUUAUACUCUUACUGUGCUGCCUCUCCAGUGUAGUAUUUGCCUUCUGUAAAUGUGAUUAAAUAUCAUUUGUAAAUAAAGGACAUUUGACCUCCACUUUGGUACAUUAAGGCACUUUAUAAAUGGGGCUUUAUUGUCUCAUUUUUCAUUGAUAAUUAUGAGGUUUGGAAUAUUUCCAUAGUAUUCCUUAUGGAAUAUAUUAUAGAUUUUUUACUUUUUACUGUUUUAAUGAAGCCAAUUCUUGACUUUAAAAAAGAUGACAACUUUUACUUUAAAGUACAAAUUACUUUAACUGAGGAGUGAAUUUUUCUUGAUUUUUAAUUGCCCAAGGCUAAAUCCAAUGUAAGGAUUGCUGAGUUUAUUUUAUAUUCUGUGAAUUGGUUCAUUUUAGAAACCAGGCUAAUUCACAGGUCACAUCAUUUCAGUCUCACCACUUUGGUUUCUAGGUACUGGGGAGUUUUUGCAUUAAAGACUCUCAAAACCAUGGAAAAUUGAGCAUUAAAUGCCAUAUAGAACGAAACAAAUCUUUUAAUUCAGUAAGGUUAAAAUUCUGAAAUCAUAUCAGAGCCCAAGAUGUUAAACUACAACUUCUAAUGCUUCAUAAAAGCAUUAUCGUGAGAAAGUUAAAGUUUUUCAUUUCAUCACUAUCUUCAGAACAAAAUUCUCUUCCAAUUCACAAGAACUUUAUAAAAGAUGAAAUUAUCUUACUCUCUGGAGAACAUUCAUUAGAAGUUUUAUCAGUGGAAGGACUAUUGCAACAUGUGAUUUCUCAGAAGCCUUAGUUAUCCAGAUCUCAACCAGACUCAAAUACGGUGAGAAAUUACAUAUUAAAAAAUAUUAAUAAUUGGAGAAGAGAAACAGAGAAAUACUGUUCUAUUUAAAGUCCAAAUGUGAGUCUUUCUGAUGAGGGCAUCUCUGGUUUAUGUUUAACCAUUUCCAGCUGCAAAUUAUACAGAAGGGAAGGGGGUGGGAAUCAGGGAGAUUCACCUUAUUAAGGAUUUAUGUGCCAGGCAGUUAAAACCUUAGUAAGGAUUUAUGGCCUUCUUUGUGUUAUGACAUAACCCCCAGAUUUCUGUAAAUAAACUUUGGAUGAUCUUAUGAUUCACAGAGCUUUUUUCAAAUAUAUUUUCUUAACAUCCCUGUGAGGAAGGAAUUCUUAUCCCCACUUUCCAGGUGAGGAAGCUGUUUAAAUGAUUUGCCUCCAGGAUAACCAGUGGUAGAGCACUGACUCAUCAGUGCUGACAGCUACUGUGCCAUGGGUGCCACUCAGCAAUGCUUCAGAGGUCCAAGAUGCUGCAGUAGAUCUAAACAGAGUCUCCUACAGAAUUAGCGAACAGUCACCAGGACAAGAUUGAGGUGGGGGGGACGGCCACUAGACUCCUUCCUUCUUUCAGUGCUGUCUUAUGUGUAUUUACUGCCUUUGCUAUUCAUCUUAAGCUGUGUAGGUUCAAAAGAGAAAUUAGAAGUUCCGAAGCAAUUUUAAGACCAUUAAGAAAAAAAAAAUGUAGGAAAGUUUUACUGGCACUUGCCAAAUACUACUUAAGGGAUUGACUUAAAAUAUUGCACCUUCUGUGCCAGUGAGGAGAGAAACUGAACUUCUGCCCAAGAGACCUUAACUUAGUUUAUUAGGGGAUUAUCUCCCAAGGAGUAUAAAUAACUUUGCACUGCAGGAGAAGGAAUUAGGAUUUGAUUUACAUUUUAUAUACAUCUUUUCAAAAGGAAGAAGUCUAUUUCAUAAAUAGUAGCAAUCCAUGUUUAAACUUAAGAAUAUUUAACUUUUAACUCUUACAGCAGCUUCGAAAAUUUGUUAUUUGGAAUUUUGAUCACGAGGCUGGAAUGCUUGUAAAGAAUGUCCUUUUAUUUUCAAACUUAACAUGGGCUUAUACUAACCUGCUCAAUAUGUUUGGUUAACUAGUGAGUAUUACAGAUACUAGUGGACACAAAAAGCAAGGGUUAGAAACAGGUCAAACCAGUAUUCCAUUGUUUAUUACAGAAGACAUCUUAGCAUUUCUUUGGUAUCUUUCCAGAAAUAAGUGACUUUAAAUUGACAUUGGCCAUUUUAUUUCCAAGCAGCCUUUUUAAUACACAGAAGUAAACAGAUGUUAUUCAUUUUGCAUAUUGCUGAACAGGAAUUUGGCAGAACUGGGACUGUGGAACCUGUCAUUUGAAUUUUUCUAUUUUGUAUGGCCAAACCAGGAACCACAAAGUCUCCUUUGCUAUUAUGGAAAAUUGCCACAUUGGUGUUUUGAGGACCAUGGGCAUGACUUCUCUUUCCCUCAUCCCAGAUGUGCCAUCAUCUGAAACUCCGGAAGGUGCUUCUAUCAAAACAACACUGCAUAUAUUCAUUAAGUGAUUGAAAUUUCCCCAGAAUACUUUUACGUUUUUCCCCCCUCCAAAUAUUAAAUUAUAGUAGAGCCUCUCUUUAUUUCUUCACUUAUUUUUCCUCUCUUUUAAUUGUUGCUUCCACUGUAGAACUUCUACUUCUCACCAGUGGGAGAAAAGCUUUACUUCGAGUAUUUUAAUUUUAUUUAUAUCUCACAUGCUGUGCACCAGUUAGCCUCAGUGAAGAUUCUGUUUUGAGUUAGCCAUACCCUGUCAACUGUUUGUCAAGUAAUUUCAUUGCUUCCUCUAAUAGAAAAUUCAGUGAAAAUUUUUCCCAAGUAAUAUUUUCCUCCAGCUUUUGUGAGUUUAGUAAACAGAAUGUAUCUUUUAUAUUGGAAAUAAUGUGAAUGGAAAAUCGCCAAAUCCCUUUUCAGUAUAUUCUAAACACCUCUACAACCCUUUACCUCCCUGCCUUUAGUAGUUUGUAAACAUAUGGCCAUGUUUGUGCUUGGGUUUCAUUUCUUUGGUGAAGAUUACGGCAUUGAAACAGUCUAAAAUGCUUCAGAGUACAAGAUUAGGCUACAAAGUCAAAUCUUAAAGACUGUGUUGUAAUUUGGUUUGAAUAUGUGACAGCAAGUAGUUAGGAUUUGCCUAAGUGCAAUACAACAAAUCCAUAAUGUAUAUUUUACUUUUUCUACUUGAACACAUUCAUGUAUAUAUUUUGUUUAACCUUAGAUGUAUUUAAAAAGAAUCAUGAACUGUAUCAAAAUUCUUUCAAUAAAAUUUGUUUAAAAAUCU